UAAUAAGAUUUUUCCAUCCGCCCGCCGGCUAUUUUUCCUACUUGCUUCUUCUUCUUCUUUCUUUGGUGGUGCUGCCUGCUUUCUUUCUGCCGCCACUAAUUAAGGAAAGCAGCCAAAGCCGACAGUACUUUUUGCAAAUGCCGACCAGCGGCGAAAAGGCGAAAGGAGGCGGCGGCGAGCUGUCGGCGUCGGGGCUGCCGAUCAGGGAGAUCCCGGGGAGCUACGGCAUCCCCUUCUUCUCGGCCCUCCGCGACCGCCAGGACUUCUACUACCUGGCCCCGGCCCCCGGCGGCUUCUUCCGCAGCCGCGUGGCGUCGUGCGGGGGGUCCACCGUGCUCCGGCUGAACGUCCCCCCGGGGCCCUUCCUGGCCCGCGACCCCCGCGUGGUGGCCGUGCUCGACGCCCGCAGCUUCCGAGUCCUCCUCGACUCCUCCCUCGUCGACAAGACCGACACCCUGACCGGCACCUACCUCCCCUCCCUCUCCCUCUACGGCGGCUUCCGCCCCCUCGCCUACCUCGACACCUCCGACCCCCUCCACUCCACCCUCAAGUCCCUCGUCUCCUCCCUCCUCGCCUCCCGCAAGUCCCACUUCAUCCCCUCCUUCGGCUCCGCCUACUCCGCCCUCUUCGACUCCCUCCAACAAGCCGACUUCAACAAGCUCAACGAGGCCGCCUCCUUCCAGUUCACCUGCGACGCGCUGCUCGGGGCCAAGCCGGCGCCCGCGCUCGGCCCCGACGGCCACGCCAAGGCCCUCAAAUGGCUCUUCUUCCAGCUCCACCCGCUCGUCGGGAACGUCGCCGGCGCGCUCCUCCGCCCCGCCGAAGACCUCCUCCUCCACACCUUCCACCUCCCCCCCGCCCUCGUCCGCGCCGACUACGACGCGCUCGCGCGCUUCUUCUCCGACGCCGGCGCCGCGUUCAUGGACGACGCCGAGCGCGCCGGCGUGGCGCGCGACGAGGCGCUGCACAACCUGAUCUUCGCGGCCAUCUUCAACGCCUUCGGCGGGCUGAAGAUAUUCUUCCCCGUGAUCAUGAAGUGGCUGGCCGAGUCCGGGCGGGAGCUGCACGCGCGGCUGGCGGAGGAGGUGCGCGCGGAGGCGGGCGGGGAGGUCACGCCCGCCGCGCUGGAGCGGAUGAACCUGGUCAAGUCUGUCGUGUGGGAGUGCCUCCGCAUGGACCCGCCCGUGCCCUACCAGUACGGCCGCGCCAGAAAGGACCUCGUCGUAGAGAGCCACGACGCCGCGUACAAGGUGAAGAAGGGCGAGAUGAUCUUCGGAUACCAACCUUUUGCAACGCGGGACGAGCGGGUGUUUGAGAACGGCUCAGAGUUCGUGGCAGACCGGUUUGUCGGGGAGGAGGGGCGGCGGCUGCUGGAGUACGUGGUGUGGUCGAACGGGGCGGAGACGGCGGAGGCGGGGGCCGGGAACAAGCAGUGCCCCGGGAAGGACGUGGUGGUGAUGGCGGGGCGGCUGUUCGUCGUGGAGCUCUUCCUCCGCUACGACACGUUCGCUGCCGACGUCGGUACGCUCCCCCUCGAGCCCAAGAUCACGGUCACCGCAUUGACUCCGGCGACGGAGAAGUGACCGGGUCAACGUUGGGGUGGGGGCCCACACUGAUGUUUUGGUUGGUGCCAUGCACGUUGGGUGUUGAAUGUGUGGUUGUUUUUUUUUUAAAAUUUGAAUAAUAAUUAAUGUUGU